CCCACUUUAUUUUUUGGGCUUGCAAAAUUACGUAAUCUUUUGUAGCAGAGUAAACGCCUCUGCUAAUCACAUGGUAUCAUUUCUUUUUUCCAACUGAGUAUGGAUAUGGACUAAGGUGUAGUUGUUUCCGGACCUCUGAGCAUCAGCAAUUCACGCUUAUGUUUGAUGUGAAAUUCUCAUGCUUCUUAUAAUCAAUUCUGAUUUCUGAUGAAGUGCCUUUGUUUUUCCGAGAACGAGUAAUUAGUUGCGCAUAUUUUUGAUAAAGCAUUCGGAUAUUUCACGCGUGUUGGAUAUUCUUAUAUUUCGUUUUCACUGAAUAUUUGCCCAAUUAUUUAUGAAAUUGGCAUUUAAUCGAGUGACAUCGUGCUUUAAAAGAAAUGAGCAUUAGUGAUUCCAGUUAAAGUGUAUAAAUGAUGAUCCUUCAAAUUGACGAUUUGUGUUUUAAAUUUAAAAAAAUAUUCGGUACUUCUCUUUAGAAGAAGAAUGCUUUUUUUUUUGGUAAUGGCUGAAGAAUUUUUGGGCUGUUACAAUGAUGGGUGUACGCUGCAGAAGUUGAGCUUUCUGAAUAUCUUCCUUUGAAUAAUGCAUCUUCAUUUCACGAUGUGUUUCUCCAGCUCCAUCAUUUGUCUGCUUGUAGUUACGUGUCACGGCUCCAUCAAUGUAUAUGAUUCUGGAUUAAGCUACCGAGAAGACGACGACGGUUCUCGUUUUCAUGACACAUCCCACAUAUCAAAUAAAAAUUUUACAACAUCGAAUGUAACGUCAUCAGAUGUUAGAUUGCUGAGAAAUUCUCAUCAGAAUGAUACUAAUACAGAUCUCAGUUCACAUUUACAACAAAAAACUGUUCACAAGCUUAAGGAACCAACGAUAAUCUCAAAGAAAAGUACUUUAAAUGCCAUUCGUGAACGAAGAAGUCUUAAUGGCGAUUUUGUGCUUCCAUUUCCUAUACGAAACAGUCAUGCUGGUCACGAUCAUUCGAUGCAGCAAGCCCCAUCUGUAAUGACGAAUGGUCAUUCUCAUUUCCAUCCUCAUAACACCAGUACAGAUGAAGAUCACCAUUCCUCAGUUCAUUCUGAACAUCAUGGUGCUGCACUACACCCCACUGAUGUCAUUCACAAAGAUGAUGACUUGCAGGGUCUCUCUGAAGACAAAGUAUCUCAUGUUAAUAAGAAGGAAUCUCACGACGGGAAUCACAAACUGUCAAGUAAAAAACAAGCUGCCUCAGAAUCUGCUGUGGAUGCUACACAUCAAGCCCAUUCUAGACCUUGUGAAGACAGACAUGAAGGUGAUGAGGAGGGGGAGGAUCAUGAGCAUGAUCAUGAUCAUGAACCAUCAGCUAAUUAUCAUCAACAUUAUCCAUUAAAUGAUCGACACAUAUCAGGGAAAGUGUGGCUCUAUGCAUCUAUAGCUGUUGUAUUAAUCAGUUUAUGCGGGUUGAUUAGUGUUGCUGUGAUUCCAAUCAUGCAAAAAUGGUUUUACCAUACUUUACUUCAGUUCCUAGUUGGACUUGCUGUAGGCAGUCUGUCUGGUGAUGGCCUUCUUCAUUUGAUGCCCCAUGCAAUAUUAGAUGGAGAGGAUACCUAUGAUCAUGUUAAAGGAGAAAGUCAUCCACAUCAUCAUAGUGAUGAUUCAUCUGCAAUGGAGAUGAAAGCUAUUUGGAAAGGACUGGCAGCACUUUGUGGUAUUUUCCUGUUUUUUAUUGCUGAGCGUUUAUUAGGAGCUCUGGCUACUUACAGGAGACAGAAAAAUGAAGCCAAACUGACCAGGCAUCCAAAAAAUAUGAUUCAAGUCCGUGGAGAAGAGGGUGCUGGUAAUGGAAGUGUAGGAGAAAAACUGGCUCAGCCAAAGAAAAAUUCUUAUGAUCAUAUUAGAGAAAAAGAUGAAAAGGAAACCAUACAAAUGCUGCAGUCUGAAGCAUCUCCAUCAAAGAAGGGUUCCAACCAAUCCAUUCACGAAAUUGGAUUCCAUGGAAGAUCUAGCUUUAGUAUCGAACCUGAAGUGACAGUAGCCUAUCGCCCCGAUUCUGAUAGCUCUGUUAUUGUUUCGGAACAUCAUGGCCAUGGUCAUGCCCACAGUCAUGACAUACCCCAGUCUGUGUCUGCUGUAGCCUGGAUGGUUAUUAUGGGAGAUGGAUUGCACAAUUUCUGCGAUGGAUUAGCAAUAGGUGCUGCAUUUGCAUCAGGUGAUGCAGACGGAAUUAGUACUACUGUAGCAGUGUUUUGUCACGAAUUACCUCACGAGCUAGGCGAUUUUGCAAUGUUACUUAAAACAGGAAUGAAAGUGAAGGAAGCUUUGUUUUAUAAUGGCUUGUCUUCUGUUCUGUGUUUCAUUGGAAUGCUUAUUGGAGUAUCACUGGGAAAUGUUCACUCUGCAACAAACUGGGUGUUUGCAGGGACAGCUGGGAUGUUUCUUUAUAUUGCACUUGUUGACAUGUUACCCGAGCUGACAUCUCCUUCGGUCAGCCCCGGAACAGCUUCCAUGACUACUCUACUAGUUCAAGUUAUAGGUAUCUGUAUUGGAAUUUCCAUUAUGCUACUUAUUGCACUCUACGAACAUGAACUCCACUCCAUCGUCAGCUGAUAGUAAAAAGCCAAUGAAACAGCUUUUGUUUGGGCUUCUUUAGUCAGAGACUUCCUGCAAACAUGUUCUUAACGAAUUUCUCUCUUAUGUCUUUUGUGAAUGAAUUGAGAGAACAACGAUGCUUAACUAUUACUAAUAAUUUGUUUUGCUUAACAAAUCUCACAAUCCCCUGAAAUGCAAAACACUUACUGCCUUUAUGUCAAGCAGGAUUCAGUGAAACUUAACCGUGAUAAUUUUUUUGUGUCUGUUUUUUUUGGGGGGGUCUUAAGGUAUUUAUCUCUUUGCAGUAUUAAACAAAAACUUCUUUGUGUGAUCGCUUAUUAAACAGACCAUAGGCUAUGGAUGAAGUGCAUUAUAAGUCCUUUUUAAGGAUACUGUGACAUACCAUCUUGUUGACUGUUGAUAAAUGGUUGUUUUUGUAUUUCAUUGUUAUGAAGCUCACUGUGUAAAUAAAUCAAACUUGACUUUUUA